AUGGACCCAAUAAAAAAAGAAAUCGAAAGAUAAAAGUAGAGAUGGGAAGAAAAUGUGAGAAAGCAAAACGAGGAAAAAAAGCAAAAAGAGUUAGAAAGAAAAAAGCAGCUUGAGGAAUAAAGGAAGUAGAAAGAACUUAAGAAACUGGAGGAAUUAAAGAAAUAGACAGACUCUAUUCUGCUAGAAGAAAAGAAACGAAUGGAUUAAUUAAAGUAAGCUAAGCAAGGAAAUUCAAGGGAUGUUUCCAAAAUACUUAGAACUUCAUAAAAUAUUGAAGAGUCCCAAAAUACAAUGCUUCAUGAAGACGCUAAAACAGAUUAUAAUAUGCUUGAGUCUCUAUUAGAUCCUGGAACUGUAGAAAAAUAAAAACAAGAGGUAGUGAAUAAAUAUUAUCAUAUGUCUCAAACUUAGAAAGAUCUACAGGAAUUUAUGGAUUUAGAAACUAAUGUAAAGAAUUCACUUGACAUUGAUAAAGAGAAGUAGCAAAAGAAGUUGAUAGAAUAAAGAGAGGAGUAACUAAGAAAAGAUCUAGAAAAUUUUCAGCAAGAUUUAGAAGAUGAGGACGACUAAGAAAUCACAGUAUAACAAAAGGAUUAUGCAAGAUUAAUAGAAGAAUAAUAAUAAAUUCAUGUGAGAGUUGAUCAUAGCUAUAUUAAGCCAGAUUAAAUGAGGUAAUCUUAGCAGUCAUAUGAUGCUAUGUAUGAUAGUUUAUAGAAAAUGGAUGAAUUACCUGGUAACAUUAGGAGUUCAAUUGAGCAGAAUAAAAAUAGUGUAAAUAAAUAAUAAGUUAGACAAUCACAGGUAGAGUUAUAAUCAAACUUAUAAUCUACUAGAAAAGAUAAUAGUCAAACUAGAGUUUCAAUAAAGAGUAAUAAACCUUUUCAAUAAGAAAAUUAGCAAAAAGAGAUUUUUUUGUAUAAGGAAAAAUCACAAGAAUUCAGUGAACCAGUGAUACAAGCACAAUAAAAAAUCUUAGAUUAAAAUAAUAAAUCAGUCACUUCAAAUACUGCAAGUAACUAAAGCCAAAAUCAAAGGAAAUUAGGUAGAAAAGAAGAAUUUCUAAUGAAAAUGUAAAUUGAGGAACAGAUGAAAAAAAUGAGCUAGGCAUAAUAGUCCAAGAAAAGAAAAGAUGAAGAAGAGAUAAUGAGGAAAAAAUAAGAAAUCCUUGCAUAAGUAAUGGGGAAAAAAUAACCUAUUCAAAAUUAGGUAAUAGUAGAAGAAUCAGAGAGAAACUCUUAAUCAAAUUAAAGCAUUCAAUCUAAGAUUAAUAAUUAGAGACUUCAAGUGUAAUUGACUGAAAGAAGUGAUUUCCAUGAAGAAUCGUCUAUUAAUGAUAGGGAUUCAGAAGAUGAAGAAUACUAUCAAGAUUAUAAAAAUAAGUAUGCUAUAACUAAUAACCUUCAAGAUACUAAAGAAAUGACCAAUGCUAUGUUUUAGAAAUAAAGGAGAUAAAGCCCAUCUUCUAACGCUAAUCCUGAUUACGAUAGUGAAUUCUACAAAUAUAGUGAAGAUACUGAGAGUAAAGUUUAAGAUACUAACUCUAAUUAUAUAAGUGAAAAUGUUGAGCAUUUAAAUGAAGAAUCUAAUAAAAAAAGAAAUAAUCUUCAAUCUGCAUCUAGCAAGAAUAGAUAAGAAUAUUAUGAAAAAUAUAAUAUGGAUAUGAGUGUAAAAUCUAUGGAUUAUGAUAAAAUGUAUUAACAUGGUUAAACUAAAGAGUUACAAGAUUUAAAUAGCAGAUUGUCACAAACCCAUAGUCAAUUAAAAGGGGACAGAAGUAACUAAUAAUCUAAGAUAAUUGAAUAUCAAUAGUAACCAAAGCAUGAUGUAAGAGCCUCUUAGAAUAGUAAAAUUAUUACUUUUGGUAAAGAUGAUGAGGCUGCAAGCCUGAUUGAUGUAGGUGAUUCAAUGGUUAAUAUAGAGACGAGUUUGAACCCGAGGAUUGACAACCAGUAUGCUGAUGAUGAUCUACCAGAAGAAUUACGUGAAUACGAAAGGUAACUUCUAGCACAGCUAGAUCAAGAGUAGGAUGAGGAUGAUGAUUAUUACUUCUAAGAAGACUAAAUAGAUCCAUAUGCUUAAGUUGAUAAUAGAAGUGAAGAUUAAUUGGAUGAUUCACAAUAAAUAAGACAGGUUGAAAGAUCAAGAUAAUAAAUCUCAGCAGUUGACUCCAAAUUUAGAGUAUCAUUAGCAGCAAAAAAUUCUUAAAGUGGAUUAAAUAAUAAAAAUUCUGAUUUAGACUAAGAUGAAGAUACUGAUCCUCUUAGAGAGUAUUAUGAACUUCAAAAGCAAAAGCACGCUUAAGCGAGGGAAGAUGAAUUUUAUGAUUAAUUUGACUAACAUGAGGAAGAUCAAAAACAAAUUGAUGAUCAUUCAUCUUAUAGAAAUUAAACAUCUAGAUCUGCUAUAUAAUUUGAUAAAACAUAAAAGACUAUAGAUUUUCAUUCACCAAAUGCUAAUAACAUAAAGAAUCUAAAUUAUUAAGGAAAUGAUUAAGAUUAAAGCUAUCAUGAUGAUUUUGAAGGUGUUGACUAAACCGAGCCAUUAGUGGAUGAUCUUGAUAAUAAUGAUGAGCAAGACGAUUACAUUUAGCAAAAUUAGAAAGGAAUUGCAUUAGAUUUUGGAAUAGACGAAGGCACAAUAAAGGAAAGAAAAAUGAAAAAAUUUGAAGAACUAAGAUAGAGAAAGCUUUUGGAAGAAUAAAAAAGAAAAUAAUAAUAGAACAGAGGAAAAUCAACAGAGAAAACGGUAGAAAGUAAACCUGCAUAGCGAAAAAUUCCAUCUAAGAGUCCUAUGAGAGAUAAAUCACCUAUGUAAAAGAAAGAUUAGCAUGGUCUAAAUUAAUAAAAAUUGAUAAGGAGACCAGCUGCAUUCGAUCAAAAUGAAGAAGCUAAAAACAUUAUUUAGGUGAGUCAAUCAAGAUUUGAUAAGCUUGAAAAUAAGCCGUAGCCAUUAGCGGCUAAUGUGCCCUAGCAUUUACUCAAAAAAUAAUAGCAUAAAUAGGAAGUUUAACAUUAGUAGCAAGUAACUCCGAAGUAAACUCCAAGCUAAAAUCCCUAAAGCAAGAAAAACUUUGCAAAAAAUUCAAACAAAAAAAUCAUUAGAAAUGCUAUAUAGGUUAUUUUGGCUGGAGAUACUAACAAACUAAUAAGAGAUGAAGUUUUAAAAGUUAUCGAUGACACUGACUACCCUUAUUAUAUUGUUCUUUUUAAAGGGAAUAUAGGUAGACAAGACUUUAAAGCACUUUACUAACAUGAUGGAAUAGGUUUGAUUGAAAAGAUUAUGGGAUCAGCUGGUUGCCCUGAUAUUAUAGAAGAUAAAAUGGUAGAAAAAUUCUUCAGAUAUGACUCUGGAAAUAAAAUCUUUAAGGAACUAGCAGGUAUAAAGAGUAUUAGUUUGACAACUGAUGCAGUAGCACUACACAAGAAGUUCAAUCAUAAAGUUUCUAAUAAUGCACUAUUUUGA